UUAUGAGAUGGGAUCUAGUGUUUUCUGAACCUUCAUUAACUUGCUAGGGAAGUUGUGAGCACCCAGUUGUGCAGAAGCUGGAUGCUCCAAUCUCGUCAUGGCGCCCCGAUCAGUUGCCGUCGUCGAAGGAGCAACAGCCCAGGCGUAGCACGGCGAAUCCCGACGUCGAUUUGCCUGCCGCAGCUUGCCAACGGGAUUGUGACCAAGUUGUGCACAACACCAAAGGCACAGUUGACUUGGUCAUUUAAGUGGCCACUCUGAACGGCGCCGCAUUCGGAGCUUCGUCGGAGCAUGGCUCUCUCGCCUCCGCUGGAGCCGUUCUGUUAACGAAUUUUAGCAACCCCCUGCGCGAUUCCUUUGCCGGUGGUGUUGAUGAUCGGAAGUCUUAGUAUUGACCGCGUGAUAGUGGCGGCAAGUUGCGAGAACUUCCUUGGUGGUCGUGGACACUGGUUUUUAUUCUACGAUGAUGUGUUCCUUUUUCAGUCAGUCGGUUGAGCUCAGAUCUUCUGGACAAACCAGCUGAAGCCUCUUCGCACCGGCGGCCGUCCGCCUUUUGUUAGGUUUGCAUACACAUCUGGUGAUGAGAUUGCCUCUCGUGAAGCUGGGGUGGGUAAAACACGUUUGGUGCGUUUGUCUGGAACUGGUAAUUGUCUGAAGUCGCCGCAGAGAUCUGUUACUGUGAGCUCGGGGCAAUAAUUUAGCGUUUUGUACCAUAGCAAUCAUUCACUUUGAAGUCUUCAAGUUCUGUUUCACAGGGUCUUGUCAGCUGCGGCGAGGAAGGAUACGCGGUGCACUGUGUUGCCUGGUCUUAGCUUCCCGCUAGUGUGUAAAGCUGAAUUUCGGCCAAACUUUGCUGUUUCUGACAAUGUGGUCUGGAACUGGGUUGUUGGAAAUCCCUCGCAGGAUACGCCAUAGCUAUCUGAAGCAGGUCGAAAGCUAAGUUACUUUGCCCACGUUGGGUAGUGUAGAUAGUCCGCUUGAUGUUCAAGCGUUUGGAGGAUUCUGUGGGCUAAAUUUUAUUAUUUUUCAUUUUAAGUGGCGAAUGUCGAAGACUCCAUGAUGCCCACAAAAUCUCUAGUUCACUGCGAGAGUGUGAUUCAUAGUCGGCGUUUUUUCUGGGCGAGUUUGUGACGCAGAGUGCCAGCUCGCGUUCGUUAAUCUAUUUGGACGAGAAAAUACAGAACAGGGGUCACACACUAACUAGAGGCAUAAGAGCACAGAGUUUACCGGUUUCUGAGAAAUCCAGGUUCAAAAUCAACAGGUCUAGGAAGUCUUACAAUGGGGAGUUCGAAAUGGCCGGUGCCCUUUCUUCUGCUUAUUCUCUCCGUCUUGUCUGCAGCUGGUGCUACCCACUCUGUGAUCGGAGAUAGAGCUGUGGCUGUUGGCGGACGUCGGGGGCUACUGCAGUCGACUGCUCCUUCGGUGCCUCCAGCGACAGUUGAACCUCCUCAAGUCGCAACACCUCCUCCAGUUGUAACAGAACCUCCUCAAGCAGCAACACCUCCUCCGGUUGUAGCAGGACCUACUCAAGCCGCAACACCUCCUCCAGUUGUAACAGAACCUCCUCAAGCAGCAACACCUCCUCCGGUUGUAGCAGGACCUACUCAAGCAGCAACACCUCCUCCAGAUGUAGCGGGACCUCCUCAAGAUGCAACACCUCCUCCAGUGGGCUCCUCCCCUCUAGUGGGAGGAGCUCCUCCCCCAACUAGUACCCCUGGUGCAGCACCACCUACAGGUCUCGGAGGUCCCACUUCUCCCCCGCCUACAGGUCCCCCGAGACCUUCAAUUGCCCCUUCUCCCAUCGCUCCAGCUCCUGCCCCAUUUGCGAUUACGCGACAGCAGCAUUUGAACGCGAUUAUAGCCGGCUCUGUCAUCGGAGGAGUGAUCUUGAUUGGUGCGAUCUUGCUCUUCUGCCGCUGCCGCUGCUUCCGAAGGGAGAAGGCGAUGCCAUUCCAAAGGUUGCAGAUGACUUAAUCGAUCGAUCGAUCGAUUGGUUUGCAUCAGAUGUAGUAUCCAUCAAUAGUAACUGCAAACGGUGAUUAGUGUUGGACCCAAUUGCAUUGUCGGUAUGUUCCGAAGUUCAUGAUGCACCGUGUAAGCCUUGCAGCAUGGAUCAUUGUGCGCGAGAAGGGACCCCAACUAGCAUUUGAAUUUUACGAGGCUGAGAAUUUUGAUGAUGGUUUUGUCAACUGUUUAUGUCUAGAUGGGCAUUUGACUACAAUCCCAAAAGGAAACUUGGAAGAAACCCAAUGCAAUAAAUUCUGGUUCAAGUUCAUUCUGUCA